CAAAUACUGUCUGCUGAUGCUGAAAGCAAGAGUCACAAACAUACUCACUGGACUAACUGUGAGAACGAAAAACAGAAGGAAAGGAAGGGGAAGUUAGCUUGUCUUUUUAUAUUCUGGACAGUCUGUAGAAUAAUAAGACAGCAAAGCAGAAAAUGCCAGCAUCAGGAGGGGACACCAAGGGGGAAGAUUUUUCCACAGCCAUCCUCAAACAGAAACAGCGCCCCAAUCGACUGAUUGUAGAUGAAGCAAUUAAUGAGGACAACAGUAUUAUAUCCCUCGCCCAGCAAAAGAUGGAUGAACUUCAACUAUUCCGUGGGGAUACUGUGGUACUAAAGGGCAAGAAAAGGCGAGAAGCAGUCUGCAUUGUCCUGACAGAUAACAGCUGCAAUGAGGAAAAAGUGCGAAUGAACCGAGUAACACGAAAUAACCUCAGAGUUCGACUUGGAGAUGUUGUGAGUAUUCAGGCCUGUCCAGAUGUGAAAUAUGGAAAGCGAAUUCAUGUUUUACCUAUUGAUGACACCAUUGAAGGACUAACAGGGAACCUCUUUGAAGUGUACUUGAAGCCCUACUUCCUGGAAGCAUACCGCCCAGUACAUAAAGGAGAUAUUUUUCUGAUACGAGGAGGCAUGAGAGCUGUUGAAUUCAAAGUGGUAGAGACCGACCCAUCACCACGCUGUAUUGUAGCCCCGGAUACUAUUAUCCACUGUGAGGGGGAUCCCAUUAAAAGAGAGGAUGAAGAGGAGAGUUUGAAUGAUGUUGGCUAUGAUGACAUUGGUGGCUGUCGCAAACAGCUGGCACAGAUUAAAGAAAUGGUUGAGCUGCCGCUUCGACAUCCAGCACUUUUUAAAGCCAUUGGUGUAAAGCCUCCUAGAGGGAUUCUUCUAUAUGGACCUCCUGGAACAGGGAAAACACUGGUUGCCAGAGCUGUUGCCAAUGAAACUGGAGCCUUCUUUUUUCUAAUAAAUGGUCCAGAGAUCAUGAGUAAAUUGGCUGGAGAGUCUGAGAGCAAUCUAAGAAAAGCAUUUGAAGAAGGUGAGAAAAAUGCCCCUGCCAUAAUCUUCAUUGACGAACUGGAUGCCAUUGCUCCUAAAAGAGAGAAGACACAUGGUGAGGUGGAGAGAAGGAUUGUGUCCCAGCUUCUUACCUUGAUGGAUGGAUUAAAGCAGCGGUCUCAUGUCGUUGUCAUGGGAGCUACAAACAGGCCCAACAGCAUCGACCCUGCUCUUAGGAGGUUUGGUCGGUUUGACAGAGAAAUUGAUAUUGGAAUUCCUGAUGCUACGGGACGGCUGGAGAUCUUGCAGAUCCACACCAAGAACAUGAAGUUGGCUGAUGAUGUAGACCUGGAGGAGAUUGGAAAUCAGACCCACGGACACGUUGGAUCAGAUCUUGCAGCUCUUUGUUCAGAGGCGGCACUCCAGGCCAUCAGGAAGAAGAUGUACAUCAUUGACUUAGAGGAUGACACCAUUGAUGCAGACAUCCUAAAUUCUAUGUCCGUCACCAUGGAUGAUUUCAGGUGGGCUCUCAGCCAAAGUAACCCUUCAGCUCUACGUGAGACAGUGGCAGAAGUACCACAGGUAUGCUGGGCAGAUAUUGGUGGGCUUCAGGAGGUGAAACGAGAGCUACAGGAACUAGUACAGUUUCCAGUUGAGCACCCUGACAAGUUCCUGAAGUUUGGAAUGACUCCAUCACGAGGAGUACUGUUCUAUGGUCCUCCUGGUUGUGGCAAGACAUUACUAGCUAAAGCCAUUGCUAAUGAGUGCCAAGCCAACUUCAUAUCCAUUAAAGGACCAGAGCUACUAACCAUGUGGUUUGGAGAGUCUGAAGCAAAUGUCCGAGACGUAUUUGACAAGGCACGCCAAGCAGCUCCAUGCAUCUUGUUUUUCGAUGAGCUGGAUGCCAUUGCCAAGGCACGUGGUGGUAGUGCGGGGGACGGUGGUGGUGCAGCAGACAGAGUGAUCAACCAGAUCCUGACAGAAAUGGAUGGGAUGUCAGACAAGAAGACUGUCUUUAUAAUUGGAGCUACAAACAGACCAGAUAUCAUUGAUCCUGCUAUACUGCGACCUGGACGCCUUGAUCAGCUGAUUUACAUUCCCCUGCCAGAUGAGAUGUCAAGAGUAGCCAUCAUGGUCGCUAACCUCAGAAAAUCUCCAGUUGCAAAGGAUGUUGAUCUAAACUACCUGGCUAAAAUAACUCAUGGAUUUUCUGGUGCUGACCUCACUGAGAUUUGUCAAAGAGCCUGCAAGCUUGCUAUUCGGGAAGCAAUUGAAGCAGAAAUCAGGCGAGAAAGAGAUCGGCAGAGCAACCCAGAUUCUGCAAUGGAUGAUGACUAUGAUCCAGUUCCUGAAAUUCGCCGUGAUCAUUUUGAAGAAGCAAUGAAAUUUGCCAGACGCUCAGUUAGUGACAAUGACAUCAGGAAGUAUGAAAUGUUUGCCCAGACUUUGCAGCAAAGCCGUGGAUUUGGAACCUUCAGGUUUCCGUCUGGUGACAAGAAGAAAAGUGGAAGCAGCAGUGGGGGUUCUGGAAGAGGUGACAGUGAUCGAGGCAACCUUUACCAUGAUGAUGCUGGGGAAGAUGACCUUUACAGCUGAAACAAGCACUCUUCCCAAUCUCCCAAUCUGUGAUGCAAAAAUAGAAUUCAAGCAGUGUCUCCUCUAACGGUGUUUAGCAGUGAACCUGAGACACCAUACAAACAAUUACUUUAUACUGGGAUUUUACAGCAAUAUUUUUUCAUUUCUGCCAAGGAGGUGAACUGAGAAUCAAACUUUUUUUUUUUUUGCAGGAUGCAGUCAAAUGGCAUACAUUUCAGCUUUUAUAUUAAUGAAAGGCUUGAAAAAUAAUAAUGUUUCAGCAGCAAAGGGAACGCUAGAAUGCUGUUCACUUUCACCAAGUGACUGCAGCAAAAACAACCCUAAAAAAACUUUCAGAAAUAAUGUAAUAUGCUUGUAGACUGGAACAGGUUAUGCCUUUCAUUUUAUUGUAAUGUACAAUACAUGGGGCAGUUAUUUUCUAUACCCCACAGAAUG